AUGGCGGACUCUGUAGAUCGUGUCUUCGUCCAUGCCCUGAAUACCGUCAAGAGGAUUCCCCGGACGGGGACCGCGCGCCCUCCGGCAGCUGAGCGGUUGAAGCUAUAUGGCUUAUAUAAACAGAGCAUGGAGGGAGAUGUUGAAGGUGUUAUGGAUCGGCCGAUUGGGAAUACCCCGGAGGUGCACGCGGAGUGCGAGAAGUGGGAUGCCUGGUACGAGCAGCGCGGCAUUUCGCGCACCGAAGCCAAACGCCGCUACAUCGGCACUCUAAUUGAUACAAUGCACACUUACGCCUCACAAACACCCGAAGCGCGCGAACUAGUCUCCGAACUGGAGUUUGUUUGGGAUCAAAUUAAAUACAAUGCCUCUUCAUCCUCCGGGUCAGGUCCGUUGAAUGCCGUCGGCGUCCCGCCCUUAUCACGACACCAGGGCAGUUCAUACGGCAGCAUUAAUGGCCGACUACUCUCACAAUCACCAGAGCAUUACGAUCGACCAAAUAUAAGAGCCAACGAUGGCCAUGAUUCUCGACUUCGCGUACUCAGUCCCGUCAGCCAACCGGAAGAAGACGAAUAUUACCGCCGCCGAAGGCGACGCUUAACAGACGACAUGGACGAGCGAGCAAUAGACGAUGAUGACGAGGACGACGAAGACGAAGAAUACGAAGAAGCUCGCGACAGUCUGUACGAACACCAAGAUAAUGCCAGCACAACUGCCGACACAACCGCCGACACAAAUACCGGCACGGAGGCCACCGCUUCCCACGGCGACGACCGCUCGCAGCAUCGACAUCACCGCCACCGAGACUCCAUGGCAGCCAGUGGUACGGUGGACCUAGAAAGCAAUUCCCCCGGUCACCGCAGAGACUCACACGACCCCUCGAAUCCAAAAAAUAGCCGUUGGCGCCGCCGCGUCGAACAAGCCUUGACCAAAAUGACCGCUGAGAUCGCCGCCGUCCGCGAACAGAUGGAGACGCGGACGCUGGCUAAUCGCCGACGCUCGGGUCUCUGGGCAUGGCUGAAAUGGAUCCUGUGGACCGUCACGCGCCAGAUCAUCUGGGAUCUUGCUUUGUUAGCUGCGCUCCUGAUCUGGAUGCGUAUUCGUGGUGAUCGUCGUGUCGAGGAUCGAUUACGGACUGGCUGGUUGGAGCUUAAGACGCGGCUGGGCCGAUUUAAGCUUCUUAGCCGGUUUAGCAAGGCUCCCCUUCUUCCGUAG